UGACCAGAGACUGCGGACAGCACAGGGAUGACCAGAGACUGCGGACAGCACAGGGAUGACCAGAGACUGCGGACAGUACAGAUGACUGCUGACCUUUGGGGAGGUGGGGAGCGGGUACCUGAAUUUGACAGGUACCCGCUCUUAUUUCCACAGAGUUCUUGUUUGAUCUUACCUGUUCCUUGAUCCAGCCGUGCGCUGUCUUCCCGGCUUCUCCGGGUACCCAGUGCGCAUGAGCAAGAAGCACUUGCUCUUUGUGAUUGGUCCGGCGGCUUCUGGGAUCUGUCAUGUGUCC